AGUCCGUCUGGAGAGCCCGUCCUGUUUCUCCGCCCCCAGCCCAGCCCCAGCCCCGCGAAGGCUGCGGAGGCGGUGGCCAGCCUGCCUCACUUUUUCUCUGCCAGCCGGCGCUCCAGGUUUCCCGUGCCUGCCAGCUGCUCCACGCCCGCCCCGGUUCCAAAAAUGAGUACGAAGAUACCAUCCCAACUAGAGACUGCCAUGGAGCAGAUAAUGUUCACUUUUCACAAAUAUGCGGGCGAUAAGAACUACCUGGAGAAGGAAGAUCUCCGGCAGCUGAUGGAGAGAGAGGUCCCAGGAUAUAUGAAAAACCAGAAAGACCCAUUGGCCAUCGACAGGAUCAUGAAGAACCUGGAGGAGUGUCGGGAUGGCAAGGUCUUCUUCGAGGGGUACCUCUCCCUCAUUGCAGGGCUGACCAAUGGGUGCAACGAAUAUUACGUGAAAAAGAUGAAGCCGACAGGGAAGAAGUACUGAAGAGCCAGGAUAAGCCCCUUUCUCUCGCUCUGCUUCAAAGCACUGGCCGCUAUCUGGCACCAUUGGUUUGCGGAAGCCAUCUCUGCCGACAACGCUGAAAGAACCUCCCUCCCUACCCACCCCUGAGAACCGAUCAUUUCUGCUUACAAGCGCCAUGUCCUGCCUCAGACUGGACUCCCCAACUUCCCAGUUGGGUGUGGGAUGUCACAAAGUCUUUACAAACGUCAUCCCUCCAUCCCAUCACUGAAAUGUUUGGUUGCUCAGCCCGCCUCGGCCAGGAAUUAAAUAAUCCUCUUUGUCCUUUAUAUUCCCCCGUGCUGUUCGUCUACUUGGCUAUGAAAUAAAAGUUUUUUUUAAUUGGA